UGCACAACAUUCCAUCAUAUAAUAAGAUGCCAUCAGAAUGAUGCACAACAUUCCAUCAUAUAAUAAGAUGCAAUCAGAAUGAUGCACAACAUUCCAACAUAUAAUAACAUGCCAUCAGAAUGAUGCACGACAUUCCAUCAUAUAAUAAGAUGCCAUCAGAAUGAUGCACAACAUUCCAUCAUAUAAUAAGAUGCCAUCAGAAUGAUGCACGACAUUCCAUCAUAUAAUAAGAUGCCAUCAGAAUGAUGCACAGCAUUCCAUCAUAUAAUAAGAUGCCAUCAGACGGAUGCACGACAUUCCAUCAUAUAAUAAGAUGCCAUCAGAAUGAUGCACAACAUUCCAUCAUAUAAUAAGAUGCCAUCAGAAUGAUGCACGACAUUCCAUCAUAUAAUAAGAUGCCAUCAGAAUGAUGCACAGCAUUCCAUCAUAUAAUAAGAUGCCAUCAGAAUGAUGCACAACAUUCCAUCAUAUAAUAAGAUGCCAUCAGAAUGAUGCACAGCAUUCCAUCAUAUAAUAAGAUGCCAUCAGAAUGAUGCACAACAUUCCAUCAUAUAAUAAGAUGCCAUCAGACGGAUGCACAGCAUUCCAUCAUAUAAUAAGAUGCCAUCAGAAUGAUGCACAGCAUUCCAUCAUAUAAUAAGAUACCAUCAGAAUGAUGCACAGCAUUCCAUCAUAUAAUAAGAUGCCAUCAGAAUGAUGCACAACAUUCCAUCAUAUAAUAAGAUGCCAUCAGACGGAUGCACAACAUUCCAUCAUAUAAUAAGAUGCCAUCAGAAUUAUGCACAGCAUUCCAUCAUAUAAUAAGAUGCCAUCAGAAUGAUGCACAACAUUCCAUCAUAUAAUAAGAUGCCAUCAGACGGAUGCACAACAUUCCAUCAUAUAAUAAGAUGCCAUCAGAAUGAUGCACAGCAUUCCAUCAUAUAAUAAGAUGCCAUCAGAAUGAUGCACAACAUUCCAUCAUAUAAUAAGAUGCCAUCAGAAUGAUGCACAGCAUUCCAUCAUAUAAUAAGAUGCCAUCAGAAUGAUGCACAACAUUCCAUCAUAUAAUAAGAUGCCAUCAGAAUGAUGCACGACAUUCCAUCAUAUAAUAAGAUGCCAUCAGAAGGAUGCACAGCAUUCCAUCAUAUAAUAAGAUGCCAUCAGACGGAUGCACAACAUUCCAUCAUAUAAUAAGAUGCCAUCAGAAUUAUGCACAGCAUUCCAUCAUAUAAUAAGAUGCCAUCAGAAUGAUGCACAACAUUCCAUCAUAUAAUAAGAUGCCAUCAGAAUGAUGCACAACAUUCCAUCAUAUAAUAAGAUGCCAUCAGAAUGAUGCACAACAUUCCAUCAUAUAAUAAGAUGCCAUCAGAAUGAUGCACAGCAUUCCAUCAUAUAAUAAGAUACCAUCAGAAUGAUGCACAGCAUUCCAUCAUAUAAUAAGAUGCCAUCAGAAUGAUGCACAACAUUCCAUCAUAUAAUAAGAUGCCAUCAGACGGAUGCACGACAUUCCAUCAUAUAAUAAGAUGCCAUCAGAAGGAUGCACAACAUUCCAUCAUAUAAUAAGAUGCCAUCAGACGGAUGCACAACAUUCCAUCAUAUAAUAAGAUGCCAUCAGACGGAUGCACAGCAUUCCAUCAUAUAAUAAGAUGCCAUCAGAAUGAUGCACAGCAUUCCAUCAUAUAAUAAGAUGCCAUCAGAAUGAUGCACAGCAUUCCAUCAUAUAAUAAGAUGCCAUCAGAAUGAUGCACAACAUUCCAUCAUAUAAUAAGAUGCCAUCAGAAUGAUGCACAACAUUCCAUCAUAUAAUAAGAUGCCAUCAGACGGAUGCACAGCAUUCCAUCAUAUAAUAAGAUGCCAUCAGAUUGAUGCACAGCAUUCCAUCAUAUAAUAAGAUGCCAUCAGAAUGAUGCACAGGAUUCCAUCAUAUAAUAAGAUGCCAUCAGAAUGAUGCACAGCAUUCCAUCAUAUAAUAAGAUGCCAUCAGAAGGAUGCACAGCAUUCCAUCAUAUAAUAAGAUGCCAUCAGAAUGAUGCACAACAUUCCAUCAUAUAAUAAGAUGCCAUCAGAAUGAUGCACGACAUUCCAUCAUAUAAUAAGAUUCCAUCAGAAGGAUGCACAGCAUUCCAUCAUAUAAUAAGAUGCCAUCAGACGGAUGCACAACAUUCCAUCAUAUAAUAAGAUGCCAUCAGAAUUAUGCACAGCAUUCCAUCAUAUAAUAAGAUGCCAUCAGAAUGAUGCACAACAUUCCAUCAUAUAAUAAGAUGCCAUCAGACGGAUGCACAACAUUCCAUCAUAUAAUAAGAUGCCAUCAGAAUGAUGCACAGCAUUCCAUCAUAUAAUAAGAUGCCAUCAGAAUGAUGCACAACAUUCCAUCAUAUAAUAAGAUGCCAUCAGACGGAUGCACAGCAUUCCAUCAUAUAAUAAGAUGCCAUCAGAAUGAUGCACAGCAUUCCAUCAUAUAAUAAGAUACCAUCAGAAUGAUGCACAGCAUUCCAUCAUAUAAUAAGAUGCCAUCAGAAUGAUGCACAACAUUCCAUCAUAUAAUAAGAUGCCAUCAGACGGAUGCACGACAUUCCAUCAUAUAAUAAGAUGCCAUCAGAAGGAUGCACAACAUUCCAUCAUAUAAUAAGAUGCCAUCAGACGGAUGCACAACAUUCCAUCAUAUAAUAAGAUGCCAUCAGACGGAUGCACAGCAUUCCAUCAUAUAAUAAGAUGCCAUCAGAAUGAUGCACAGCAUUCCAUCAUAUAAUAAGAUGCCAUCAGAAUGAUGCACAGCAUUCCAUCAUAUAAUAAGAUGCCAUCAGAAUGAUGCACAACAUUCCAUCAUAUAAUAAGAUGCCAUCAGAAUGAUGCACAACAUUCCAUCAUAUAAUAAGAUGCCAUCAGACGGAUGCACAGCAUUCCAUCAUAUAAUAAGAUGCCAUCAGAUUGAUGCACAGCAUUCCAUCAUAUAAUAAGAUGCCAUCAGAAUGAUGCACAGGAUUCCAUCAUAUAAUAAGAUGCCAUCAGAAUGAUGCACAGCAUUCCAUCAUAUAAUAAGAUGCCAUCAGAAGGAUGCACAGCAUUCCAUCAUAUAAUAAGAUGCCAUCAGAAUGAUGCACAACAUUCCAUCAUAUAAUAAGAUGCCAUCAGAAGGAUGCACAACAUUCCAUCAUAUAAUAAGAUGCCAUCAGAAUGAUGCACAACAUUCCAUCAUAUAAUAAGAUGCCAUCAGACGGAUGCACGACAUUCCAUCAUAUAAUAAGAUGCCAUCAGAAGGAUGCACAACAUUCCAUCAUAUAAUAAGAUGCCAUCAGACGGAUGCACAACAUUCCAUCAUAUAAUAAGAUGCCAUCAGACGGAUGCACAGCAUUCCAUCAUAUAAUAAGAUGCCAUCAGAAUGAUGCACAACAUUCCAUCAUAUAAUAAGAUUCCAUCAGAAUGAUGCACAACAUUCCAUCAUAUAAUAAGAUGCCAUCAGACGGAUGUACGACAUUCCAUCAUAUAAUAAGAUGCCAUCAGAAGGAUGCACAACAUUCCAUCAUAUAAUAAGAUGCCAUUGGGAUGAGGUGGGUACCCUGACAAUUGCUCUCCUUAACUUUCUUUUCCUAUUCCCGGGGAUCAUGCCGUCCGUUGUUCUGACCAAUCGGCAGGAGGCAAAGUCUAAUGUUUUAAAGGAGUUAGAGGAGAAAUUUCACAAAAUGCAGGUGGAACAGAUCCACGCAAUAGAAAAUUACACCCGGUCAGAUCACAUCGCUAUUCGAAAGCAACAUCUGGACAUCCUGACAUUUCUCUAUAAUGUUUUGCAAAACGUUGAUUUUAUUUUUUAGCAUUUCUUUUAAUUAAUCCUGAAUGACAUGGAGAUGUAAAGACAUUCUGCCGAAUAUUCCAUUUCCAGAAUUCUAAUGCCAGCCAUAUCAAAACAGCUUCUUUUUUCCUGAAAUAAAUAAACAAAAUAAAAUAAUAUAAAAAAAAAGUAUUCAUAUAUUCAUUUAAUGCAGCCUUUAAUGGAACCUUGUACAAUCCUAUCCCUGUAAAUUGUCUGUUACAAUGCAAUGUUCCACUUUUCUACCCGUGACAGCACUAGACAGCCUUACAGUAAGCAAUUACACAGGUGUUUAAACAGCAAUUGGGUAAAUACUUGCAGAAACAUAAUAUUAGAGGAUAUCAUUUUUAAAUUGUGGGGUAAUAGCUGCUUGAUUCAAGGAGAUAUCUGACUGCUAUUUUGGGAUCAAGAAGGAAUUUUUUCCUAGUUUGUUGCAAAAUUUGAAGCAAUUCAGUUUUUCCUUCUUUUGGAUCAACAGCAAAAAACAGAUAUGAGGAAUGGACACAAGCCUCUUUUCAGCUAUGUAACUGAGUAACUAAAUCACUCUGGGAUAGGUUUGUUAAAGAAAGGCAUAGACCAGGCAUCAGCAACCUGUGGCAUACCGUCAAGGUGUCCUUCCAAGCCACUCUAGGAUGCCAGAGGCUCUCAGUCAGACUUCAGAUAUCUGCUAGCGCUCACCGAGCAGUGAUUGCAGGUGGUAAUGGACAAUCCUCCGUUUACACAUUGCAGCACUUAGAGAAAGUGAUCUUAGGACAGUUCCUCCCGGCACCUGUGAACUAAAAACCACACGGGAGGAGUAGAGCAGCCCACAGCAGCUAUCGCAGCUCCUUCCAGGUUAAGCCUCUCUCUCAUACAAAUAAUACUAACAGCCCAAACACAAACAUACACACACACAGUCCCCAUAAACACAGCACCACAGACAGUCCACAUACACACACACACACAGUCCCCAUAAACACAGCACCACAGACAAUCCACAUACACACACAACCCCGCAAGCCAUCUCCUAAAUGCAGCCCCACACAGAGACACACCACCAGACACACAAUGUGGCAAAACAUAUCAUCCAGACACACAAGAACACAAUCAGCCCCCAUACGCAACCCACAUUCAUAGCUAUCAUACACAAUACCACAAACACCUUAAAUAAAUAAAAUAGGUCUUUAAGGAUUACUCUAAGUACCAUGAGUACUUCGAGUCUGUACAUGCAGCGUUUAAUACUGAAGCACAGCACAUACAUUGAUAAACGUUAUAUCUACUGGAGGUCAGCAUUACCCAGCCCCGAACAAGAGUCCUGGCUAAUGUCAAUUCUGUGCAUAUAUCUGUAAUAAUAGGCUUAGAGCGCUCAGCUGAAGAUCUCGGGCAAUGAAUGAGUGGCAGUAACAGCAUCCAGCAGCUCUGCAGAGUCUAGACGAAAUUUAACCUCCAUUGCUGGAAGUUUGAUGCCCAACGGGACCAUGUAAGUGGGCAAAAUGGUUUGCCUUAUUACCAGGGGAUGGUGUCAGGGUACUCCUAUCAUCAUAACCCCCACAGCUACCGGAAGUGAUUAUUGUACUUGGAGUAACUCUUUGCAGACAUGUUUCUUUCACACAGUGGGUAGCAGUGUGACUGUUACCCUGCAGGAGAAUACCAUCCAGGAGUUCUUCAGGACUUCAGUCCCAAGCAAAGAAGGUAUUAAAAUGAAAGCAUUUGAAUGUUACUACACUUCAAAACAAAUUUGAAGCAAUUUUGCUGAUGUCUUUUGAAAUUCAAAUGAUAAACAUUUUGUUUUUUGGUAACAACGGCCCCUGUUAUUUGCUUUUUAAAUCCAGCGCUCAAUGAGGAAUCCUAGCAGUGCCUGACCUGUUCAGCAUCUUACACAGUGGACAUUGCAUGUGCAUCCACAUCUGAAGGGAUUUUCUUAUUUUUACAAUAAUAACACAUUUUAAGUAUGAUAUAAGAGUCUUUUAUGCUGUAUAUGCCAGGAGAGUGAGAAUCCCCAGUCUCUAAUUGACAGGAUUCGUUGAUGAUAUUUCUAAAGUCGUGUCACAUAGAUUAUGUUAGAGAUAGAUGGACCAGGUGUAGAAGUCGCUCCAGCAUUGGGUUUUACUCUCUGACAACUGAAGAUGAAUGACGAGAUAUAUUAAUCUUAGUCUCACUCACAGUAUGCAAGACUUUACAUCUAUUCUUCAUCCUUCUCCGUUACAGUGAUCCUUGACUUCGGCCAACUGCAGUUUGGAGAGUCAGGAGGGAACCUCACAUUCUGGGGUGAAAUUCAUACAUAUUAUGUAGUAACUGAAAUACUCCAAGUUCAAGCCUUAGGCAAGACAAGUUCUAUUGUAUUAAUACCUUUUCACUUUUUUAACUGAAAUUUGCAGUGAUGACCUGUGGAAGUUGCUCUCUUUAUCAGCGUAGCUUGUUUUACGUUGCUCAUAAAUGCUUUAGACUUGAUAAAAGAAGUUUCUCCCAAAAGCUUUUCAUUACGAAUUUCUGUUAGUCCAAUAAAAAUGGUAUUAAAAGAAACAGCAAUACUUCAUUAUUAGCAUUUUACGUUACUGGACUAAUAUGGAAACUCAUGUAUCAUGACAUAAAAUCUAGAAACAGGGACAGGAUUAUAAUUCUUCAAAUUAGAAAAUGUCAUUGCAAGAAAUAAUGUGACAUUGUAAGUACUAGCAGGGUUAUUGUAAAGCAUAAACUGCUUAUAACUUCAGCCAGAAAAAAAUUUAAUUAAAUCAUUCAGCAAAUGGUUAUUCUCUUGUACAUCUAGUGUUUUCCCACUAGAGGGAGACAGCAAUAUAUAUUAUUAUUAUUAUUGCCAUUUAUAUAGCGCUAACAGAUUCUGUAGUGCUUUACAAUAUUUUGAGAGGGGGGGAUGUAACAAUAAAUAGGACAAUUACAAGAAAACUUACAGGAACCAUAGGUUGAAGAGGACCCUGCUCAAACAAGCUUACAGACUAUAGGAGGUGGGUAUAUAUUAUAUAUAAUUAUUAUAUAUAUAAUAAUUGCACCAAAUUAGGGUUUCAUUUUAUAGUUAUCAAUUUAUAUAUAUACACCUCUACACACACCUAUAAUUAAAUAAUUAUUAGCCCUUUUAUUGAUAAAAUUGUGCAUACUUUCCACGUGUAUGCUUUGUAAAAUGUGUAUUUUUUACAAAAGGAAAUUUAGCCAAUACAUCCUCACCUCCACUUAUAUUCCAGGAAUUAUUACGAAAUGACAACCCCCCCCCUUUAGCAAACUUUAAAAGAGACUCCAAAGAUAAUACUAUUCCCAGUGUCAGAGAGGGAAAGCAGUAA